AUGAGUAGCGACGCCAAAGAAAGCGACGCUGUAAGCAGCAGCGGCAGCCGGGAAGACCCCAUCGACCAACUGAGAAAAAAACAGUUUGAGCAGAAGCAUAUGGAACUUAAGGAGAAACUAAAAAGGCUCAAGAGUGUCAAUAAUAGUGGUGCUAAUGAUGAUGCCAAUAGUGCCGAUUCGGCCAAACACGAAAAGGAGAGUUCGAGUCCAAAGGAGGGCUUGAGUCCAAAGGAGGGCUCGAGUCCAAAGGAGGGCUCGUGUCCAAAGGAGGGCUCGUGUCCAAAGGAGGGUUCAAUUCCAAACGAGGCUAUCACUGAACAAGCCAAAAGUGAUAACAAAAAUAAGUUUCUUCAAUUGAAGGAAAAGCUGAGAAGGCUUAAGGAGGAGAAUAAUGCCCGUGGGAUGUGGCGCGCAAGUGAAAGUGAGCGCAGCGCAGGCAGCAGGCGAAGUGGGCGAAGCGGGAGAAGCGAACGAAGCAACGGCAACGCCGGGUCCCCACCCUCGGGGGAGGCUACCAAGAGAGAACCCGCUCCAAUGCAGAAGGACCGAGAAACCUUACGAGCUGAACUGAAGAAAAAAUUAGAGAAGUUUAAAAGGGAGUAUGGAAUUUGUGAUAGGGAAGAGACAAGAGCCGCAGACGAGGAGGAGCAGCAGCAGCAGGAGCAAAGCGUGCCGCACGACAGAAGCUUAAGCAAAGGGGCGCAUAGGAGGGACUACCGCGGGAGGGUGGUCGCUCGUCGGGGCAGUUCCUCGCUUGAGGAGCGGAUCGGCAGGGAGAUGCGCAACAGCCCCAGGAGGGGUAGAAGCCGAGACAGGGGCAGAAGUCGAGAUAGGGGUAGAAGUCGAGAUAGGGGUAGAAGUCGAGAUAGGGGUAGAAGUCGAGAUCGCGUUCGAAGCCGGGAUCGCGUUCGAAGCCGGGAGAGAGACUCCUGGAGAGAUAAGCACAUAUCCUGGAACGCACGAGAAAGGGGGAGCCGAGUGCGAGAUGAUGAUCAUGCAUACUUCAGGAGGGAAGAAAGACAAAACAGAUAUUUGUACAACCAACGGACAGGAGAAAAAGUAGAAAAAAAAUUCUUUCGAGUUCCCUUGGGGUACCACACAACGAAGGAGAGCUGGAACAACUACACACAUUGGUUGCAAAAAAAAAAUGAUUACAGAUUUGGUCUACCCUUUGACCAAAACAAAAUUUUCAGACGAUCUAAAUCGUUGUCUCCAACCACGUGGAAGAAGUUCGUGCCGAACUCUGAAGACGAUGAUGUCGAUGGGGUUCCCUCGGGUAGCGACCGCGGAGAUAAAGCAGUCAAAAGGGGUGGGAAAAAUAGAAAUAAACACAGAAAAGAGGAAAAGACUCAAAGGGGAAAGCACCAUAAGGGGGACUCACAUGAUGAUGAUGAUUAUGGGCGCAGUGAUGAGGAUGGUAACGCCGGUCGAAAGCGGAAGGGCACUUCCUCCCUGUCCAAGUCACGCUCGCGUGGUGAGAAGGGAAGGCACAACAGUAGGCAUACUUCACACAGACGGAGGAGGGGCAAGAAAUAUUCAAGGAGUAUAUCAUCCGGGGGGGAGGUAGAAAGGGGAAGGAGCCGCGAAAAAGGGAAGAGGCGAUCAUCCGUGGAGAGAAGAAAGAGCAAAGCAGAGAAAAAGUCCUCUAAGAGGAGCAACCGCCACAGGUACAGAAGCAGCAGCGGUUACAGCGACAGACACAGGCGGGACAAAAAAAAACAUAAACAGAGAAAACACGAAGAGGUGAAAAGGAGAAGCGAAAGAGAACGCCACGAAGAACGCAGCGAAGCAGAACGCAGUGAAGAACGCAACGAAAAACGCAACGAAGAACGCAGCGAAAAAAAAAAGAGGAAGAGCAAGCAUGAGGAGAGAAAAAAAAAGAGGAAGAGCAAACAUGAAGAAAGGAAAAGGAAACACAAAAGGAGAAACAAAGCGAAAAGAGACUCGGACUAUUCUGACAGCGGAGGGGAAAAGAGCGACGCGGCCGCCACGUCUGCCACGUCCCUCUCCUUCCUGUGCGAAGGGUAUGAUUCCCUGCAUGAUAAGGACAUGAGCAAGCAGGGAUCAGGUGAAGGUGGAAAAAACUCGGAAGAGAGUAAAAUGGAGGAGAAAGAAACAGAAGAGAAGGAAGAAGCACUGCUCGAAGUGCAACAGGGUACAAAGGUCAUCGGGGAAAAAAGUCCCAGCCACCCUGAGGAAGACUCAUCUAGAGAAGGAAGCGACGUGGGUCCAAAGCCAUUAGACGUGAAUGUCAAAUUAGCGAAUCAACAGAUAGACUACGGUGCGGCCAUGAUGCCUGGAGAGGGACAAGCCAUCGCGCAGUUCGUACAGAAGGGGAAGAGAAUUCCAAGAAGAGGAGAAGUCGGGUUAUCUGCCGAGGCGAUUGAAAAUUUCGAGAGUCUUGGUUAUGUCAUGAGUGGAUCGAGACAUAAAAGAAUGAAUGCCAUUCGUAUGCGAAAGGAGAAUCAGGUGUACAGUGCUGAGGAGCAGAGGGCCCUUGCCAUGUUCAACUACGAGGAGAGGGCCAAUCGGGAGAAUGCCCUCAUAAGUGACUUGAAGGAGGUUUUACGGAAGCAGAACGAGGCAAUCCUAAACGAGAGUAAGAAUAACUAA